AGUACGUCUUUAGGAAAACAUGGCGGCGUCGUUGGUGCGUUUUGUCCGCGGAGGAUUUAGCAGGACUUUGAAUCUUGCCAAUAGAAGUUCUUGUCUCGUGCAAGUGAGAUCAGAAUCUACUGAAACAAAACCCACUGUCAGACCAAAGGAUCCAGUCACCCACAAGCAACUUGCAGUGUUUGGAGAAUAUGUUGCUGAAAUGCUUCCAAAGUAUGUGCAGCAAGUCCAGGUGACCUGCUACAAUGAGUUGGAGGUGAUGAUCCAUCCUGAUGGGGUUGUCCCUGUGUUGACCUUCUUGAGGGACCACACCAACGCUCAGUUCCGAAACAUGAUUGACCUUACAGCAGUGGAUAUUCCCAGCCGCCAGAAUCGCUUUGAGAUUGUCUACAAUCUACUCUCCCUGCGCUACAACUCUCGGAUCCGCUUGAAGACCUACACAGACGAACUCACCCCAGUGGACUCGGCUGUGUCUGUCCACAAUGCAGCCAACUGGUACGAAAGGGAGGUAUGGGACAUGUAUGGUGUUUUCUUUGCCAACCACCCUGACCUGAGACGUAUUCUGACAGAUUAUGGUUUUGAGGGGCAUCCGUUUAGGAAGGACUUCCCCCUUUCUGGAUUUGUGGAGGUGCGUUAUGAUGAUGAAGUGAAGCGGGUGGUGGCUGAACCUGUGGAGCUUGCUCAGGAAUUCCGCAAGUUUGACCUGAACAGCCCAUGGGAAGUGUUCCCAGCCCACCGGGAGACCAAGGCGCCGGAGCUGCCAGCUGGGGAAAAGCCAGCCGACAAGUAACCAGAUACCUCCAAGAUUAAGUCCCCCUCACCUAUUGUCCCUCCUGUUGAGGAAGCCAUUUCCCUCUUGAGACCAUUCUCAAGUAUUUAUGUAAAUAAAAACUAU